AUGUCGCCCGCAUCUACUACCGAAGGUGGACGGUUGCUCCUCGUAUCAAACCGACUCCCCCUAACAAUCCGACGUUCAGAAGGCGGGAAAUAUGAAUUCUCCAUGUCCUCUGGAGGCUUAGUGACGGGAUUAAGCGGGCUAGCAAAAACCACCACAUUCCAAUGGUACGGCUGGCCUGGUCUAGAGGUACCAGAGGACGAAGUUGAAACUGUGAAAUCGAGAUUGAAGGAGGAAUAUGGCGCAACGCCAGUGUUUAUCGACGACCAGCUUGCGGAUCGCCAUUACAACGGAUUCUCAAACUCUAUACUGUGGCCUUUGCUACACUAUCACCCUGGAGAGAUAGUCUUUGACGAAUCUGCCUGGGUGGCAUAUAAAGAGGCCAAUGCACUCUUCGCAAACACCAUUGCGGAUGAGGCUCAGGAUGGUGACUUGAUCUGGGUGCAUGAUUAUCAUCUUAUGCUCCUGCCCCAGUUGUUGCGAGAACGUCUACGAGCUCAAGGGAAAAAGAAUAUCAAGAUUGGUUUCUUCUUGCAUACACCGUUCCCAAGCAGUGAGAUAUACCGAGUCUUGCCAGUUCGGGCUGAUCUCCUCAAGGGGGUUCUCUACUGCGACCUUAUUGGCUUCCACACCUUUGAUUACGCGCGCCAUUUCCUGAGUGCUUGCUCUCAUAUCUUAAAUCUCAACACAACCCCAGGCAGCGUCCAUUUCGAGGACCAAUCCGUAGCAGUGGGCGCAUUCCCCAUCGGCAUAGAUCCCGAAAAAUUCCUCGAAGGUCUCAAAAACACCAAAGUACAAAACCGAAUCGCAAGUCUGGAGUCGAAAUUUCAGGGAAUGAAGUUGAUGGUCAGCGUAGACCGUUUGGAUUAUAUCAAGGGAAUUCCUCAAAAGCUGCAUGCUUUGGAAGUAUUUUUGUCUAAUCAUCCGGAAUGGGUGGGCAAAGUUGUGUUGGUGCAGGUGGCUGUUCCAAGUCGUCAGGAUGUGGAAGAGUAUCAGAAUCUGCGGGCUGUAGUGAAUGAAUUGGUGGGACGGAUUAAUGGGAAGUUUGGAACUGUGGACUACAUGCCAAUACACUUCAUGCACAAAUCGGUCAACUUCGAAGAACUUCUCGCCCUCUACGCGGUCUCUGACGCAUGUAUCGUAUCCUCCACGCGCGAUGGCAUGAAUCUGGUCUCGUUCGAGUACAUUGCAAGUCAACAGAAACGCCAGGGAGUCUUGAUUCUUUCAGAAUUUGCCGGUGCCGCUCAAAGCUUGAACGGAAGUCUAGUUGUCAAUCCAUGGAAUACAGAAGAUUUGGCCAAGGCGUAUCAUCAGGCUGUAUCCAUGGAGCCAGAGCAACGGGCCGCGAAGUAUCAGAAGUUGUGGAAGUAUAUUUCAAAGUAUACAAGUGCGUUCUGGGGACAAUCGUUUGUCGCCGAGUUGUCUCGUUGCGCGGCUCAUGAAUGA